AUGACCCAUAACGGAGUGCCACGGUGCCUCAAAACUACUGCCAUCGUCGGGGCCACGUUUGCACUGUCCCUGCUCCUUUUGCAUCACGAUCUGGGUUCCUACUCAUGGCCUCUGACGCCGAAAAAAGCCCUAUAUCUGCUGCCCAAGAUACAGUACGCACAGACAUCUGUUUCAUCUUCGUCGGCCUCGCCCUCCACCCCUGCGAGUCAUGAGGACGAGGGUGUUGCUCGGAGGUUUCGUGAAAGGAAGGUGUUCAAGGAGGAGAUGUGCCGGAGGAUGAAGGCCAGUGGGAAAAUAAUAACAGAUUACUUUAUGUAUUACAACAAAGAACACAAGCUUCUUUUGUGCGCUCCUCCUAAGACAGGCUGCACGUCGGUGAAACGCCAAAUGUUACGUUUAGCGGGAGUUGCUGAUAGUGUUGAUGUUCACUCUAACUAUGCGAGAAAUGUUAUAUCAGUUAGAAAUGUCCUAGGAAAAGCUUCAUACAAAGUACUGCAAUCUACCUUUCCGGCGACCCGAGUGAUGGUGGCCAGGCAUCCCUUGGACCGCCUCGUGUCUGGCUUCAAAGACAAGUUCAGAAACGGGGAUAAGGUCACUGGCACAUGGUAA